AUGACCACCGACACAACCAAAAAGAGCAGCCCACAAAAAGAUGUGGUUAACAGCAAGGAAGUAAAAGAAUCGAGUGUUAAUGAAACUGCCACCACCACAAAUGCUGACCCUACGUCUUCAACCACUAAAAAUGUAUCAUCUACAUCAUCAUCAUCAGCAGUCCCACCAGCAUCACUCCUACCACAACAACCCACUCCACUUACAUCGCGUGACAAAACCACAAAGAGGUUAAUUGUCGUGUUAUCCCAAGCAUGUUUAGAAACUUACAAAAUGAAUAGCUCAAAUGGCCCAGGAGGCGAUCGAUUUGCAUUAUUAAACUGUGAUGAUCAUCAAGGUUUACUUCGUAAAAUGGGUAGAGACAUAGCUGAAGCCAGACCCGAUAUAACUCAUCAAUGUUUAUUAACAUUGUUGGAUUCACCAAUCAACAAAGCUGGCAAAUUACAAGUUUAUAUUCAAACUGCACGUGGAGUCUUGAUUGAAGUGAACCCCAGUGUUCGUAUUCCACGUACUUUUAAACGGUUUCUGGGUUUAAUGGUUCAAUUGUUACACAAGAUGAGUAUAAGAUCAGUCAAUUCCAAAGAGGUGUUGUUGAAGGUAAUCAAGAAUCCGAUAACUGACCACCUACCUACUAAAUGUCGUAAAGUUACCCUAUCAUUUGAUUCUAAAGUUGUUAAAGUACAGGAUUAUGUUUCCCAAUUGGAUGAUGACGAAAGUAUAUGUGUGUUUGUUGGGGCAAUGGCUAGAGGUAAAGAUAAUUUUGCUGAUGAGUUUGUUGAUGAGAAAAUUGGGUUAUCCGAUUAUCCAUUGUCGGCAUCGGUUGCAUGUUCUAAAUUUUGUCAUGGUUGUGAAGAUGUUUGGGAAAUAUAUUAA